GGCCAGAGCUAAAAUAAUAAAAUGCUGAGCUCACUGUUCCCCCACGCUCUCCCCCGGCACCAGACUCCUCCUGCUGACCGGACAGUGCCCCAGUAGAACAGACGGACCAACUGACAAGGGGAGGUGAGAGGUGACCACUGGGACUGUGUCCAUGUCCAACAACUUUUCCCAUAUCCCCCCAGGCUGUGAGUGUCACACCGUGGGGAGGGGGUAGGGGCCACCAUGUCAUCCUAUCAGAAGGAACUGGAGAAAUACAGAGACAUAGAUGAAGAUGAGAUCCUAAGGACCUUGAGCCCUGAGGAGCUAGAACAGCUGGACUGUGAGCUACAAGAAAUGGACCCUGAGAACAUGCUCCUGCCAGCUGGCCUGAGACAACGUGACCAGACGAAGAAGAGUCCAACAGGGCCACUGGACAGAGAUGCCCUACUGCAGUACCUGGAGCAACAGGCGCUAGAGGUCAAAGAGCGUGACGACUUGGUGCCCUACACUGGCGAGAAGAAGGGAAAACCCUUUAUUCAGCCUAAACGAGAAAUCCCAGCACAGGAACAGAUUACGCUGGAGCCUGAGCUGGAGGAAGCACUGUCCCAUGCUACGGAUGCUGAAAUGUGUGACAUUGCAGCCAUCCUGGGCAUGUACACACUGAUGAGCAACAAACAAUACUAUGAUGCGAUCUGCAGUGGAGAGAUCUGCAACACCGAAGGCAUUAGCAGUGUAGUACAGCCUGACAAGUAUAAACCAGUACCAGAUGAACCCCCAAAUCCCACAAACAUUGAGGAAAUGCUAAAGAGGGUACGAAGUAAUGACAAAGAAUUAGAGGAGGUGAACCUCAAUAAUAUCCAGGACAUCCCGAUACCUGUGCUAAGUGACUUGUGUGAAGCAAUGAAGACUAAUACCUAUGUCCGGAGCUUCAGUCUGGUGGCCACAAAGAGUGGUGACCCCAUCGCCAAUGCGGUCGCUGACAUGUUGCGUGAGAACCGAAGUCUGCAGAGCUUGAACAUUGAGUCCAACUUCAUCAGCAGCACAGGGCUCAUGGCUGUGCUGAAGGCAGUUCGGGAAAAUGCUACACUCACUGAGCUCCGUGUGGAUAACCAGCGCCAGUGGCCUGGUGAUGCGGUAGAGAUGGAGAUGGCCACCGUGCUAGAGCAGUGUCCGUCCAUUGUCCGCUUCGGAUACCACUUUACACAACAAGGACCACGAGCUCGGGCAGCCCAUGCCAUGACCCGGAAUAAUGAGCUACGUCGUCAGCAAAAGAAGAGAUAACACGACCCUUCCUUUUACCAACAAGAGAUGAGAGCCCGGGAUGGGACACAUAGCUCCUCAUCUCUCUCUCCUUUCCUGUAAAUAAAAUCCCUUUUGUUCACGCC